AUGAAUGGCCCUGUCCCGGAAGUCGCCCAAAACGGGCGCAACUCGCCGCCACCGGGCCCAUUUGGCUAUGCAUUUCUUUCCCCCAUGGACACUCCCUACGAACAAGCUCCCGCUUUACCUCCAGGUCCCUCUCUCCUUGACGAUAAUGAAUCCAAUAUGCUUGAUAAUUUCUUUACGACUAUGAAUGCAAAUACCUUUACGAAUGAUAUAUGGCUUCGGUCGCAACAAAGUAAGGGUACCGGUCUUUUUGAUUGGACCGAUGAACUACCUCCCACCUUCGAGGGUUCGACAACGUCUCUGUCACAACCUUCAUUCCAGCAACACGGCCUUGGCAAACCUGGUUUGAUAGGAGGUCAUACGGCGGGGCAUGAUAUUUAUGCAGCUGCAUCGAUGCUUUACCAGGGCGGCCUAAAUGGGCCGGAAAUUGGAUCUGCGCUGGCCCAGCAAGCAUUUACAACCCAGCCUCUUCAUGUUAACAAUACCCAUGCCAGGCGCAAUUCCUUACUUGCCCCUAUUCAACAACCCGCUGUCUCAUCUCCUUCUCGUGGCCGCCUCCCAACAGGAUAUCACACUUCUGAAAUGCUCUUUGAUGUUCGAGACCCUAUCCCCGCAGAUCAACAUCCCUCUCGAAAGGCCCGCUCUCUGCAAUGGGGCACAGAUGUUAGUUUUAUGGACCAGGGCUAUGUGGCCCCACCAGAUCAACCUGAUGAAGAGACUCGCACCCGAGAACUCUUGGAUCAUCUCGAUUGCUUUGAACGACAGAAUAGUGCGGUCAACACCCGGGCUCCUAGCCCAGACCAUAUUUCAGGCGGCCAUGCCCACCGCACCAGUAUUCAUGCUUUGGAUUCAGAGGAUACGUCACAACCCCGCAAACGCCAAAAGAUAAUCAAAGAAGACCCGAUCUCAGAUGAAGAUGAAAUAAAGAUGAUUGGUCGCAAAACGCGCACAUCCGGCAGUAGCAGAGGUCGACGGGCUUCAACCAAUGCGAUUAGAAAGUCAAGUAUCCAGUCCAAUAGCAGGGCGCCAAGAGAAAACCUCUCUGAGGAACAGAAGCGAACGAACCAUAUCCUUUCUGAGCAAAAGCGACGCAAUCUUAUUCGUCAAGGCUUCGAUGAUCUUUGUAUCUUGGUUCCUAGCCUCCGAAGCGGUGGCUUCAGCAAGAGUGCUAUGCUUACACAGGCAGCAGAUUGGCUAGAGGAUCUUCUUCGCGGCAAUGAGAUUCUUCAGCGUCAGCUGGCCGACAUGAAAAGCAUUAAUGGUCUUGUGAUGCCAAGAUAA